CCCAAGUCGUGAAGUUGUUUCUAGAACGGAAGGGGGUCAACGCCGAACUGCAGGACAACGAGGGCAGAACACCCCUUUCCUACGCUGCGGGUACGGGAGAAGUUCGGGCUUUGGAGCUGUUACUGGAACGGGAGGAGGUCCUCGCCGAAUCGCAGGACAAGCAGGGUCGAACACCCCUCUUUUACGCAGCCCAAUCUGGAAGUGUGGAGAACGCGAAGCUGUUCCUCGAACUGGAAGGGGUCAGGGCAGAAUUGCAGGAUAAUGAGGGUAGAACACCCCUCUCCUACGCU